UCAGAUUCAACAGUUGUCUACUUGUUGCUGUAGCUACCAAAUUGAUGAAGAAUGUCUGGAACUUCCUCUGCUUUUUCUGAUCUCACAAAGGCUAAACAGCCUUCAGUAGAACAAGAAUGUGAUUUUUGCAACGAGAUAUCUGAAGCAGGAAAACUUUCCAAACCACCCAAGUUAAGUCGCAGAGGUAAAAUAAUGCUGGGGGUGUCAGCUGCAGUGUGUGCAGGAUUCACAGCUGUCCUGGCACCUUUUGUGUUUCCUGGUUUGCGGAGAUUUGCCCUGCCUUAUAUUCCUGCUUCUUCUCAUCAAGUGAAAAAUGUGAUGAAAGUUUUAGGCAAAAGUUCGGGGACAUUGAUUGAUAUAGGCAGUGGAGAUGGUAGAAUUACAAUGAUAGCAGCACAGAGAGGGUUCAGGGCCUAUGGUGUAGAGCUGAACAUUUGGCUUGUGCUGUACUCCAAGUGGACAGCGUGGAGAAGAGGGCUGCACAAGCAGGCCACAUUCUUUCGCAGGGAUUUGUGGAAGACUGAUCUCUCCAUUUAUCAGAAUGUCGUCAUUUUCGGUGUUGAAUCUAUGAUGGAGCCACUGGAGAAGAAGCUUCAAAAAGAAUUGUGCACAAACACCAGAGUGGUGGCGUGCCGUUUCCCCCUGCCAUCAUGGGAGCCUGUGGCAAUAGAGGGAGAUGGUAUAGACACAGUUUGGCUGUACAUAGUCCCACAGAGUGUUGCAAGAGAUCAGCCCAAAUUGUCUUGAUCCCUUAGAUUUUUCU